UUCUGACUGGGACUCCUUGACCUUGCCUCCGCAAGAUUGGCCGACUUUGCAAUCAAAUGAGCUGGUAUCUGACGCACAGAUUGAUCCUAGAUUGCAGGACAACCAUGAAUCUUCUGCACAUAAUGGCGAAUCACACAAGGCAAUACAGAGUCUUAGUACGAUGAUUACCAAUGUGGUGAGUUUAUUCGAACAGUGAAUAUCAUCGUCAGUAAUGGCAGUUUCAAACAUAUCACCUCCCUCUCCGCCGGUCCUGUGCCCAUUCGUGGCCAUUUCCUGGUCUACUCGAGUGACGAGUGCAGUGGAGACGCUGCCAGACCUGACGCCAGCAUUCCUCGACAACUGUUUACAGACAUAUUUCAAUAAGUUCAACCCCACGUUCCCGGUUCUCCAUCGCCCAACAUUUGUGUUUCGAGAAUGUUCUCCCAGUUUACUAUUGAAUGCCAUUGCGCUCGGCUCCUUGUUCAUUGGAACUGAAGAUGCUCUUUACAAGGGAGAGGCGUUGUGGCGUUUAGCAUAUACAGCAGUCUCGACAUCGUGGCAGAAUCUCAUGGGUCAUCGAGGAACAUAUGACUCUCAUAAUGGUCUGCAACUAGUCUUGACCGCACUGCUCGGUCAAACAUAUGCCAUGAUGUCCAAAACUGAGAGUUUACGAACGACCAGCCAAAUAUAUCAGAGUCUCAGCUUCAAUUGGGCCAGGCAUUGCGAUUUGUUCAACUUCUCUAGUCUCUCACCAUUGAGUCUUCCUGGACCGGAUAAUCGCGAAGAACAGAUGAAAAGUUGGAGAGUUUGGGUGUCUAGAGAAUUGCAAUUACGUGCCUUAUUGGGACACUAUAUUUUGGAUGGACAGCUCUCCUUCUUGUCUGGUCAGCCCACGGCUGUCGUACAUACAACCAACCCUCUUACGUUGUCCAGCAGUCCCCGUCUCUUUGACUGCCAGACAGUUGAUGAAUGGUAUUCGGAGAUGAAGAUCAUCCAGAGUACUCCAGCCAAUUUCCGUGGUAUUUACGGUGCACUCUUCGAAUCACAAGCCUUGGAUCCCGCCUUAGGAGCAAGCUCAAACACAUGGGCUUUCCAAUCACACAUUGAUGUGCGUGUGGUGCUCGAAGGUAUACACGCCUCAGUACGAGAGACGCAGGAUCCGUUAUAUAUCCCAUCAAUCUGGUGUCCGCCCUCGCCCUCCGAUAUCAGCGGUGCGCUUCUUCAGAUUCGCCGCCACAUAGAGCUAGGAUGGUCUCAAAAUUCACUCGAACAACUCGGGCUUCUCAUGCGGUGGCACUUUGUUGGGUUGGAUGCUGCUUCCAAGUUGAUGACCAUGAGCAAGGAGCUAUGUCGUCUUUAUCAUGUUGAGCAGAGCUUAUUCCGCACCCAAGAUUCGUCUACAAAACAUAUUGUGUUCUCGGAAUGGCUUGAUAGCUCUGCUGAUGCUAAACGCGCUUUACUACAUGCUGCUGCAAUCCAGGAUCUUGCUGCACAGCUACCAUUGAACCACAUCAACUCCAUGUGGAUGCCGAUUCCGAUAUUCGCCGCUGCGACAAUAUGUGUUCUAUUCUGUUUAAACGGUGUAUCCACAGUGGCACUACCAAAUACGGUUGACUGGAGCAUCGUGCUGGAUGGGCCGGAUCCAGUCGCAAGCAAUUCGAUCUACGAGGAUCAGAGCCGAAAUAAAACCCAGAUGUUUUUCGCUUCAAGUAUCCGAACACCUAAUUCGACCAUAGGACAGUCGAGAAAUUUGAGGUACGACCUCAAUUCUCUACAGACGAUUAUUCAUGCAAUGUCGGUUCAGUGGGGCGUAUGCACGGAGCUAGAACAUGUGCUUCAGUCUCUCAAAGCACAUUGUGUGUAAGAACAAGGAGUCCUGUACCAGAUACCGAGUUAUAGUCGCCUUGUCUUUAAGAAGGGUCUUUCUCAUAUUCCCUUUCUGGAGCGGAGCUUGGUCUAAAUCCCAGCAUUCGGGAUUUCGAUCAAUAAUGAGUGCCAUUAGAGCACUUAAGCGGACUUUACGUGGUUUCUUUGAUAGAGUUACC